AUGAAAAGAAAGCAAGGCUUUGUGGCUGAUGGCGCGAAUUCGGAGAAGAGAAGAAAACAAACAUCAUCAAAAAAGGAAUUAAAUACUGAUGGUGAUCAAGUUUUGAUGAAAACAUUAUUAAAGGCUAAUUUGAAUGAGGAUGUAUUGGGAGUUAUUUUCGACUUUUUAGAUUAUUCAUUCUUGUCCAGAAAAUGUAGAUUUGUCUGUUUGCAAUGGAAUGAAGCCUUUUGCAAUAUGCCUGUUCUUUCAUCUCAUAUUUCUGCUCCAUUGACAGAUUUUUUCGCAAGGAAAGCAAAUGAAGGUGAAUUGUAUAUGAUUAGAGAUUUGAGUUUGGAAGGAAUCUCAAAAGAUUUUGAUUUUUCAUUGUUAUAUAAUCUUGAAAAGUUGUCUCUUCGAUCCCAAGGGCAUACUAUGGUGCCUGACUCUAUUCAAUGUUUGCCUAAAUUGAAAAGUCUACAAUUGUUCAAAUUUAUUAUAACAGCUACACAUAUUGAAUCUUGGACUAAACUACCUAAAUUAGAGGAGCUCUCAGUUAAACACAAUCCAGAAUUCUUUGAAUUUUCAGCUUACCAUGAUUUUUCGAAUGUAAAAAAAUUGGAAUUAUGCAUCAAGAACGAGGAUUAUCUUGAUUAUUCUGUGAUUAUUAAUGGAAAGAUUUCAAAGAAUUUAACUCAUUUCACUUUAUUACUUUCACAUGGUUCUAUUUCCAUUGUUGAACCAUUACCUAAAUUAACUUUUUUGAAAUUGUCGUAUUGUGACAUAAAGAAGGUUGAUGCAAUUUGUAUUCCAUUACUUUCAGAGAUUACAUUCGACGCAGCAUUUACAGAUGAUGACUCUGCAAUUUGUAUUUUAAAAGCCCCUUUACUAAAGAAGGCAGCACUGAAAUCAGACUAUUUGGACGAAAAAUGUGCAAUGAUGAGUUCUACCCAUAUAGAGGAUCUGGAAUUGGAUGAUUUGGAUAAUGACCCAGUAUUUAGCAUAUUCAAUCCAAAGUUUAGUGCUUUGAAGAGAUUAUCUGUUCCAAAUUCAUUUAUUGGGAACAGAAAUGAUUUUUCUAUGUUCAAAAACCUUACAGAGUUGAAUGUUAAUGAAACCAAAAUAGGAAAUAAGGUUCUAUUGGCUAUUUCAAAAAUGACACAAUUAACUUCUCUUAAUAUUGGAAAAAACGAUAUUACAAAGAAUGUUUUCAAACAUUUGAAAAAAUUAGAUAAUUUAACAGCUCUUGAUUUAGAGGAUUGUGGAGUAAAAGAUAUCACUCCACUGGCAAAAUUAACCAAAAUUACAAAGUUGAAUUUGAAAAAUAACUAUUUGAAAGGAGAAUGGUUGCAAAAAUUAGUAUCAUAUUUACCAAAUUUAAGGAAGCUGAAUUCGGAAGGAAACGAGCUGACUUCUUUGGCUCCAUUAUCACUAUUAACAAAUAUUCAAAAAUUGAAGUUGAAAAGUCUUAAGUUUAGUGAUAUCAAAGAAAUGCAGCUACAACAUCUCUUGAAAUUAGAAUAUUUGGAUAAACUUUCAAUCACAUCAAUGGAUAUUGGAGAGGAAGGAGCUAAGAUAUUAGGUAGAGGAAGAUUUAAACAUCUCAAACUUAAUAUUUGUGAGCUACACGAUAGAGCAUUACCAUUCAUCCUAACAAAUACCUCCCUCAGAACUCUUGAUCUUCAGAAAAAUAAUCUUACCGAAAAAGGAGUUAAUAUAAUUUCAAAAUCAUAUUUGCCAUUCAUGCAAAAAGUUAACGUUUCUGAAAACAAAUACUAUGCAUCAAUUGAGGAAGAUGAUUCAAAAUUCCAAAUUGUAAACAAGAAUGCAAGACCAUUACCAUUUAGAGUUAUCUUUUUUUAAACACCUACUCUGUCAACCAUAAUGUAAAUAAAUCCUGGAAAUGUAAGU